AUGCCAAGAAACAGCGUUCACGAUAUCGAAGCUAACUGUAUCGGCAGAAAAAAUAAUGUCUCCAAUCAUAAACGGAAAAAAUCUACAAUUUCCGAGCCAGUUAGCAAUCGUAAUAGUAUUGCGUCUUGGCUAGGACUUAAUCAAGAUAAGCAUUUAUUUCCUAAUAGAAGUUUCGAACGUCGCCCAUCUAUCGAAAAUUUUGGACGUAUUGGAUUUAUUGUACCUGCUUUAGCAUUAGUGCCUAAAGCAGACGGUAAAGAUGAAUUUACUAGAAAAUUUGACUUAUUACAAAAUGAAGAACGUCAACUCAAAUUAGCGGCGGCACAUAUUGACGAUGCCUUAAAUCUAAGAGGUCGCUAUGGCAAAGCUAGAGCUAUGUUUAAACCUAAAACAGCUAGACUGUGCUUUGAAAUCUUUACUAGUAAAUGGUUUUUAUUUCUUGUGUAUGUCAAUAUCAUACUACAUACGGCAUUGCAGUUUGCUGAGCCGCCAUCAGUGAAGGAGACCUAUCCUGUAGUUAUCGCUUUAAAUGCAGUAUGUAUCCUCAUCUAUGUCGUGGAUGUUUCACUGCAAAUAGUAUUUUAUACGCCACACGUAUUUUGGCAGUUAGAUGAAAUAUUUUGGAGACGAGUGGAAUUUGUCUUCACGGUCUUGUUUACAAUUGAUUUUAUUUGCCUCAAUAUCAACGUGCAUACCGAAGCAGUUUUACUAUCUAUUCUGAAAAAGCUCGGAAGUGUAUUUGUCACGACAUUCUUCUUCAUCUUAAUAUUUGCGGCUAUUGGAAUUCAUACGCUUUCUGGAUUUUAUCAUUGUCCAGGACUUAACAGCACCGCUGGUAUGAAUGUAUCUGCUUUGACUAACUGUUCCGUGGGCUCGUUUAAUAAUGGAAUCUACAUAGGAGCUUUCGAUAACAUUGCCAUAGCUUUUCUUCGCCUCUUCGUAUUACUAACAACGGAAAACUAUCCAGAUAUAAUGAUCCCAGCAUACGAUGUUAGUGCUAUACAUGUUGCCUAUUUUUGGAUUUUCGUCAUUCUGGGAGUAUUCUUCUUGACCGCUAUCCUGUUAGCUAUUAUCGUUGAUAGCUAUUGGGAAUUUUCCAAGAAGCAUGUGAAAAAGGAAAGAACUCGAGAAAGGGCAGAAUUAGCUAAAGCGUGGAAUUUGAUUGAUCCUCUUGGUCAAGGAGCUUUACCGGCUAGCGAUCAAAUCUUUACUGACCUAUUUAAAUUAUUAAAACCUAAAAACACCGACGAUGAAAAUUUAGAGCUGAUUGAUUAUGUUGCUGAAAGAGGUCAGGAAGAUAUGAUUGACUCUUAUUCAUGGACGACGAGAUUAAGAGAUGCAUUAAGUUUUGAAUUUGAACGAGAAAGUCAAAUUGAUGAACUCAAUGAUUUACCAAAUUGCCCUCAGAAAGCCUUUCGCUUGAUGCGACUUAUUGUUCGCUCGUCGUACUUUUCCUAUGCAACGCUUUCCUUAAUAUUUUUGCAUUGUGUACUGUUUGGUGUCCAUUGGCGUGAUAUGAGCUCCUUGGCUAUAGAUAUUGUCCAGUAUAUUCGAAGCGGUAUUAUUGGCAUUCUUUUGAUUGAAUUAAUCCUCAGGGUUUUGGCAGAAGGAAAAAAUCUCUUGGAACCAAUGGAAAUUUUAGAUAUUGUUUGUAAUAUAACCAGCAUUGUAACCAACAUUCUCUGGUAUUUCAUGCGUGAUGAAUAUGGCCGAGGUGUUUGUAUUGCUAUUUCAUCUGUGGCAAUUAUUAUCCGAUUGGCAUUUAAUUCAGUUCAUACAAAUCGAGCUGUCUCACUCUUUAUCAAGAUCUAUCCGGUUAUGUUUGAUUUGAUCCAGCUGGUAGCAAUUAUAUUGUGUGUUUUUGCUACUAUUGGAAUGGAAAUAUUUCGGCUGGAUCAGUUACGGCAUGGCUAUAGUAUAGAUAAGAACUCAACCAAUUGCGGUGUAGGAUUCAACACUUUCGGCCUAUUUGUAGCCAUUGCUAUCGAAGCAUUCAAUAAACUCACCAAGGAUGAUGAUGAUAAUAAUGCCCACCAAACUCAAAAUGAAGUCAAUGCUAGUGGAGUGGUAGAAAAAAGCGUAGCGCAAAACAUUGGCAGCUUUUUCGUAUCUGUUAUGGCUAGUACAAGGGUACCGAUUCAAACUGAGUCGGGAGAUUUCACAAGAGAAAUGCAAAGACCCGGCUUUGGAGAUCGGCGACCAUCUAUUACUCCAAUUGGCAAGUUGGUUGGAAGGAGAUCCAGUUUAAAGCCAAGCAUUAGUCCACAAGUAAAAUCACCUUCGCCAACCAUUCCUCCCCAAAUCGAUGAAAGUUCAGAGGAGGAUGAAGACGACGUGAAAAAUCUAAGCUUACGAGAGCGGGUAAAUGCAUAUAAAAGUUGCAAUAAAUGCCUUUCACAUCCGGAAAAUAGCUUGAUCAACUCGUGUUGGUGUUUAUUACCGAAGCGGCAUAAUAUUGAGAUAAAUUCUAGUCGUGAAUAUUCAUUGAUAGGACAACAAAUAGAAAUAAGAUCUUCAAUUUAUAGUGAUCGCACAGCAACCAAUUCCUAUUUUAUCUUUUAUUUAUUCACCAAGCGUGAACGUAUGCUGAAAAAGAGGAUGAAACAAAAGAAGAAAAAUCACAGUAAACAAUCGAAAAUUAUGCGAGCUAUUACACCUUUUAAGGCUACCAAAGACACUGAUCUUGAUUUGGCUGUUGGUGACGAAGUGGUCAUAUUAGCUAAGCAAGAUGACUGGUGGCAGGGAAUGUGCAGAGGAAGGACGGGAUGGUUUCCAGCAUCUCAUGUGGCUGCUGCUCCACCUCAAGAUCAUAGUAAGUUGAUCACUAACAACCGUAAAUCGGAUUCCCCUCGAAAUGAGCAAGGACCAGAUUCUCCUAAGCAACAUCAAACUGCAUGGGAAAAUAGCCCUCACGCUAUACCUGAUCUUGAAGAUCAAAAUACGAAUGGUAAUAUGGCCACACUUCCUACAGAAAGAAGUAACAGCUUUGGAAAUAGUGGGCCAAGAGGUACAGGACAUAAACUCAAGAUGAAAAGGAAAACUGGUCUGGACUGGAGAAGAAAUAUUUUGGGAGAAAUGACUGUGAUGAAUGCUGAAGAGAUGCGAGAACUCAACAAAAUCAUGAAAUCGGAUUUAAUGAGAAGUCGAAGUGGAAGCUUUAGAAGUCAACAACAAAAGGAACAACAACAACAACAACAACAACAACAACAGCAACAAUCACCGACAUCUCCAAUACAACCGCAGGCAUCAAGCGAUAUUCCAAGUGCAGAAGUUCCACGAAGGCCAAAAAGAUCUUCUUUAAAUAGUAGGCAAUCAUCCGUUGAUAGAUCUGAAGUAGCCCAAAAACACCAUAGCUUACCGACAAGGCCAAAACCACUUCUGCAGACGCAUCCACUGCAUACAUCUGUUGAAUCACCCGACGAUUCAUCAUCUCAGGUUGCUCCUCCUGUUAUCGCUAUCGAUCAUGCUAAUUCGCCAACACCGACACUUGAAGAACAUUCUCCGACUGAGAAAAGAGAUUCAAGUAAUGAAUUAUCGGUUAGUAUGUCGCCUGCUGAAGCUAAAGAGAAGCGCAGAAAUGAGAAAAUGAGAAAAGCGAAGGAAAGUAAAUCCGGUGAAAUGCCAGACUGGAUGAAGAAAUUUAUUUCGUCAAAUAACUUAAACAUUACCGAAGAUGUUAUGGACACUAAUCAAUUGGAUAGUGUUAAGGAAGAGACAGGAGAAGAUCAUGAGAAAGAAAACUCAAAAGAAGCUGAAACAAACUCUAAUUCAACUACAGUAGAUACACAAGAUGGCCAUGAAGCUGAUUCCAUCAAAGUUAACAACAGUACUGAGCAAAAAUCCGAUGUUAAUAUAACAAGUUCGUCCGCUCUGUCGAUUGAUUCUAAAUCACUACAGGCUGAACAACAGCUUAAUGUACAAGAAUCAUCAACCUUAUCACCUUUUGCAUCACAUUCAACUGUUCAAGAUAGUAAUUCUGUACCUAAAUCAGAUAAUCACCAUUCUGAUGUAAAUAAUAACAUCAGCAAUAUUAAAAUUGAUGAAGCGAAAAUUCAAAAUGAUGCGCAUAGCGAUAAACUGUCAUCACAAGAAAUAAAUACCCCUGAUUCUGCUGUAACAAGCCCACAUAGCUUCAAUUAUGGGUAUAGUUUUGAAUCAAAUUACAAUGGCUUGACAAAAAUUCACGAGAAUAUUAUUGAAGAAGAGGAAGAAGAAGAAGUAGAUGAAGGAAAUGAUGUUGAUAUUACCGCUUUAGCUAUGGCUCAACUACAAAUGCAAAUGCAAGCUAAUAGAAAAGCGUCCGAUGCUACAAUUGAUGAAGAUACACGAUCAGAUAUUACUCAGUUAUCCAACUUCACCCUUAAGGAAGACACUGGAUUAAAAAAUGACAAUAUACAAUCAUGUGAAGUAGCCAAUGAUGAUCACUGCGAAACUCCACCGAAUGCUCUCGAUACAAUUGCUGAAGGAGAAGAAGAAGAAGAAGAAUACAACCAUAGACAUCAGGAAUCAAAAUCAGCCAAGCCAUCGCAAAUUCCAGAAAAAAAUUUAAAUUUCAACGAUAGUAAUGAUAGCACAGCAAAGCAAAGUAAUACUGCGCAAAAUACAACUUUAGGAUUAGGCAAUCAAUACAGUAAUGGCUCACUAAAACUACCAUCAUUAUCCACGGCACCAUAUUCCAAUGAUGACACGGUGUAA